UCAAAUUGGAGCAAAACUUCAAAGCAGAUUUGAAAAAUGUUUCUUCACCAGCGUUCAAAGAAUUAGCAAGUACUGUGGCUACAGCGCUGGACAGAGUUUAUCGAAACAAAUAUGGAUCCAGUUUUAAUCGCACAGAGGUUCUAGGUUUCAGUCAAGGUUCGGUUGUGGUAGAUGCUAAGCUGAUAUUUAACAAUGCCAGCUCAGUCCCUGAGUCCAGUGCAGUGGUUGAAACCUUGAUAGAGAAUGUCUCAAGCAACAGCUCUGAUUUCUCUCUCCCAGUGAACACAACUUCUAUCGUGGCAACAAGAGUCGUUUCAACCACAGCUACAACUACUACUUCUACUCCAGAUCCUCCAAUAUCAACACCAUAUACGGUCAUGAACGCAACUUCGGCCCCCUCAAACAGGUCAACUACAAACAUGGUCGUCAAUGCAACAUCGGAUCCUGUGAACCUGUCAACAACACACAUUGUGCUCAAUGGAACAUCAGCGCCCAUAAAUGUGUUAACAUCAGCCCAAAGUUCUGUCAAUGUCACAUCAGGACCUGUAACACAAAGCAAUACAACUUCAACACUAUCAACUACAACCCCAUCUUUGUCAACUACCCCAAUAGUCAACACAACAGCUCCUUCAACUACCCCCAUAGCCAACACAACAGCAACUCCAAAUAACCCAAUAGUCAACACAACAGCUCCUUCAACUACCCCCAUAGCCAACACAACAGCAACUCCAAAUAACCCAGUAGUCAACACAACAGCUCCUCCAACUACUGCAGUAGUAAAAACAUCUCUAGCUCCAACCACUCCGAUAACCAAUUUGACCGAAGUACUAACUACCCCAUUACCAACUACGCUGGUAGCAACUACCCCAGUAACAACUACCCAAGUGCCAACUACAACGGCAUCCCGUGCAACAGAGGCGCCACUUACCAGCCCACAACUGUCACUGCGGUUCAGCCUGACAUCUACCUUCAAUAGCUCUCUGAGCAACAGCACGUCACCAGAGUUCCUGGCUUUGGCAAAUCAUGUGACUACACAGCUGGAUAAUUUGUUCAAGGCUCUAUUUGGAGUCAGAUUCCUUCGAACUGUUGUCAAUAGUUUCAGGUCAGGGUCAAUUGUGGUGGAUUCUACGUUGAUAUUCAACAACAUCAGCUCAGUGCCUAACGAUAGCCUGGUAGCACAAACUUUACAAACUGCCAUUACUUCCAACACGUCUGGCCUGACCUUGCCUAUCAAUUCAUCCUCCAUUGUGGUCACACGCGCUACUACAAUGACUAAUGCAACCACCACCGCCGCUGUUCCGGCAGCAACCACCACCACCGCUGUUCCGGCAGCAACCACCACCACCGCUGUUCCGGCAGCAACCACCACCACCUCUGUUCCGGCAGCAACCACCACCACCGCUGUUCCGGCAGCAACCACCACCACCGCUGGUCCGGCAGCAACCACCACCACCGCUGUUCUGGCAGCAACCACCACCACUGCAGUCGCACUAACUAACCCUCCAUCCUCUAGUGAAGGAACCCUGAUUCUUCGGUUCAGUCUCGAUGAGAUAUUCACCUCGGAUCUUGCCAACCCGUCCUCUUCAGCAUUCAAGGCUCUGGCUGGCAAAGUGGUCUCAGAGGUGAACAAGAUUUUUGCUAGAACCCCAAGCUUCCUUCGUUCCAUUGUCAACUCAUUCAAGAGUGGAUCUGUAGUUACCAACAUGACCCUCGUGUUCAGUAACAAAUCUUCGGUUCCCAGCGCAUGCAGCGCACAGACAACUUUCACCAUCAGUUCCACCUCCCUGAACAUCUUACCGGGCAGCGUCAAUGUUGAGUCAUCAGUCAAUUCAGGAAGUGCACCCCGACCCACUGCCUUCUGUCUGGCUUUCUUGCCUCUCACUUUGGCACUGCUAAUGGUACAGUUGCUGGCUAACUAAUAGCCUGUGUCAUAGCUCCUAUGGCAUUUUUUCACCAAUGAACGGUUUUCCAGCUCUCAUAGAGACAGCCUUAUGAUUAAGGACCUGCUUUGGCAGAAGAAUGCACAAUGGAUUGUGCCUGUGUUAAUAGGCAAAACAUAUAUGUAUUUCAUGUACAUUCCCCCAAGUACAUACACAAACAAAAACACACCUAAGUGUACCUUUUGAUGUCAAGUAUGAUAUUUUUGACAUUCCUUAAAGAAAUCAUAUAGUUUUUUUUCUGCUUAUGAAUAUUAAAUGCAUAUACCUUUUCUUUCAAGUGACUGUAUUUAUACUUAACCAUAUAGGCUCCAAAGACAUUACUUAUUUAUUUGUAUCUUGCACACAGCAGCUUGCACAUGUUUUAUCUGUUAGAUUAAUAUGGAAAAUAACUGAAAGAUUAGAAAACCUUUCCUACAACUUGUGACAUCCAAAUCCUAUUGUAUACUUUUUUUUAUUGUGCUAUUUGAUCAUAGUUGCAUUUUUAGUUAUUAACUGAUCGUAACUACUUUA